CUUCUUUUAGGUUGCCUGGCAACAGAUGCCAAACAUCUCCCCCAUUCUAGGAGGUUUCUUAGCAACCCAAUUUCUCACCCUCAGUUGUUUUCAGGGUUUUCUGUUAAGUAAAUGAAUGUUAAGUUCUGCUCUUUCUCUUCCAAGAAAAUCUGCGGCCAAGGAUCUCUGUGGAGACCUGGAUCUCAUUGGCCAGAACUAAUCACAUGGUUUUGUCUAAUUUCAAGGGGACUGAGAAAUAUAUGUGAUGCACGUGGAAAUUUGGUGAGCAGUCUAUGUCUCUACCACAGUGUUUAAAUAAAGCCUCUUUGACAAGGUGACAUAUGAGCAGAGAUCCGAAUAAAGCCAGAAGCUAGCCAUGCAGGUAUGAAACAGAGAAACAAGUACAAAGGCUCUGACGCCUGGAGACAGGAGUUUGCCUGAUGCACCUAGUUCAUUCAAGGAUGCUGGUGUGGCUGGAGUGGUGAGUGAGGGAACGGAAGAAGAGGAGAUCACGGAGGCUUCUACAUCUAAAAUCUUUAACUACAACGUCCCACACUCUGACCUCAGGCUCCCUUUCUUCCCAUCUACCUAUUUUUGGACUUCAUUGAGCUCCUCCGUCUGGAAUUCCUGCGUCUUCUUCAGAUCCAUCUGCUCUCCUGCUGAGCUGCCUUGGCAUCCUUCCCCACUGAGCCAGGAUCCAUCCUGAGAGAUCCGCAAUGCUGGGCUGUGACCGUUCCUGCAGCUGUAGCCGUGGCCCCAAUGUGGAAGACGGCAAAUGGUAUGGGGUCCGCUCCUACCUGCACCUCUUCUAUGAAGACUGUACAGGUACGGCCCUCAGCGAUGACCCUGAGGGGCCUCCCGUCCUGUGUUCCCGCCGACAGUGGCCCACACUGUGCUGGAAGAUCAGUCUGUCUUCGGGGACCCUGCUUCUGCUGCUGGGUGUGGCAGCCCUGACCACCGGCUAUGCAGUGCCCCCCAAGCUGGAGGGCAUCGGAGAGGGGGAGUUCCUGGUGUUGGAUCAUCGGGCAGCCGAUUACAACCGGGCUCUGAGCAUCUGCCGCUUGGCAGGCACAGCGCUCUGCAUGGCGGCGGGGAUCCUGCUGGCCAUUUGCCUGUUCUGGGCCAUGACUGGCUGGCUGAGCCAGGACACCAAGGCAGAACCCUUGGACACCGAAGCUGAUGGCCACGUGGAGAUCUUCGGGGACGAGCCAGAGCAGCAGCUGUCCCCCAUCUUCCGUGAUGCCAACGGCCAGUGUUGGUUUUCACCCCCUGCCAGCCCCUUCGGGCAGUCCUCUGUGCAGACCAUCCAGCCCAAGCGGGGCUCUUGAGCCGCCCACAAGGCCAGAGGAGGAGCCAGACCUCUGUCCCACCACACCUGGCCUUCCAAUCGUCUCCCAAGCUUCUCCCCUAAAGCAGGGGCCCUUCCACCUAUGUCCCCAGAAUUUCCAACUCUAGGUCGAGAGAGUCUGGAGCUCAAAUCCUAGUGCCCCUUCCCAGGGAUUGGGCCCCGACUCAUCCACGAUGCCAACUUUCCCCAAGUCCUCCCAAACCUUCCCACCCACCUCUCCUUCCCAAGAGCCUUCAGGAGCAGAAAACAUUCCCCUCAGUCUAUCCCCAUUCUACUCCGUGCGACCCCGGGCAAGCCCCUUUUCCUUUCAGACCAUCAGUUCCUGUCUCCAUACUGUGAGGGGUUUGGAUCAGAUUCUGGAGUUCCAUGACUUUGCUAUUCUUCCCACAAAUAAGGAUUACUCUCCAUAGACAGAGUGGGGGGAGGGGUAGUGGAGUCUUUCUCAUCCCCUGACCCUUCCUCCGUCAGCUGCUCCAAGAUGCCUGAGGAUGGGUCAAAAACACUCACUGGGACUUCCCUUCCAGGAUGGUGCGAAAACAGGCACCUCCUGCAGAAUGUUUUCUCUGUGCGUUUUGGCAUCAGAGCCCCUCAGUCCAGCCCAUCACGGGCUCUCAUUAGCCUGGUGUACAGAUGAGGUGGCUGAGGGAGGCUGGCAGCCCGCAGGAAUUUGGACCCACAUCCUCUGCCUUCUCCUGGGCCAGCUCUUGUCCUCCAGAUGGAACAGGGGACCUGCCGGACACUUUCCUGGCUUCCAGGGGACCUCCAAGGGUGGGUGACAGUUGGUCCAGAGAGCCUGGUUGGAGGCCUGAUGGUCCUAGGGAGCUCAGAAGAUAAUCUGAACAUGCAUUUAAAUGGUCUCUAAGAGCCAAGGGGCAGGAGAACUGGGAUGUCUUUGCCCCUCAAAAUCCACUUACUUAGAAACCAUAGCCCACAAGUCCUGCCGGGGGCACCAGCACCUCCAUCCUGCGGGCUCCCCAGUCGGACGCAUCAUCUCCACUCUUACCACUAGGGGGAGCUCCAAGACAGCUGGAGAGAGGAGUCGAUGGACCCCGCCCCGCCCCCCUCGGUCGCACCUCCAGCUUGGAGGGGUCUCUUGGAAGGGUCCUCCGUUUUCCCCCACCAGGCAGGCACUGCUGCCCUUGUGCCCCACGCCUCUUCCCCAUCUGGCACCGCUUCCAUCUUACUUUCCCUUUCAAUAAACAGCUGG